ACAUUUUUCUACUAACAAAUACACAAACAUUUCCCCUCACACCAGGCCUACACCACAGUAUAAAAUAAUGAUGAUUUAUGAAUUAGGCUAAAGAAUCCUUUCCAAACGAAUGUGUUAAAGCUGCUAUCCAAGCAUUUAAAAGGAACAAUGCCUUAUGGUGAAAUGAAAUAUCUGAAAUAAGCUAAAUGAAUAUGUGAUGAAAACAAUUUAUACUCACUCCGUUUGUAUUUAGAUAUUUUGUACAGUUCCAGCAUCAUUACGUUCUUUAUAGAGGCUUCUUGAAUCCCGAAAAUUACUUGUUUUAUCAGCAUUGUGUACUCCUUGUUUCUGGAACAGAAAUAAAUAAUGCAAACGGAGAAGAAGAAGAAAUAAUAUGAUAAUGCGAUUUUCCUAAAUAUUAAUAGUAUUUUUAGAAAUUAACUAACAAAAUUAAUUAUCAGAAUUUAUAAAAAUAUUAAAAAAUCAAACAAACACCAUCAUAAGGUAGGAAAAUUAGGUUAUGUUAUUUUAGGUUAUGUUUAUGUAAAGAUGUCAUCAUUAUCCCACCUUUUAAAAUGUCCAAAACAUUGGAAAAUAUUACUUCAGCCGCAAUGUAUGAACGCCACAACGAAACUUUUUAAGUCCACCACACCAAAUCACUAUGACAUUGUCAUCGCCGGUGGUGGAAUGGUCGGAACUACUCUCGCCUGUACAUUGGGUCAAAAUGCAUAUUUAUCAAACAAAAACAUUUUAUUACUCGAAGCGGCGGACGAGAAACCCAUAAAAGUAUCCUCAAAAUACAGCAACAGAGUGUCUUCAUUAAAUCCUGGUACGAUAAACCUCUUAUGUGAGAUAGGGGCGUGGAAGCAUAUCACGGAAACUCGUUGUGCGCCUGUUAAACAAUUACAGGUUUGGGAUGGAGUUUCGGAUGCCAUGAUAACAUUCAACCAUGAAAAUAGUGAGGAUUAUGUCAGUUACAUAGUGGAAAAUGAUGUUUUGUUAUCUGCCACAAACAGAGUAAUGAAAGACAUUAAAAAUGUGCAAGUUUUAUAUAAGGCAAAAAUUAAACAAUAUAACUUGCCAGAUCAUGAGCAUGACAAAGUUUCUCUGUGCAUGGAAAAUGGGGAUGAAAUUACUUGUGAUUUGUUGUUGGGAUGUGAUGGCGCAAAUUCUCAAGUGAGGAAAACUAUGCAAGUUCACUAUUUGAGUUGGAAUUAUGAUCAAAUGGGUGUAGUUGCCACUUUACAAUUCGCAGAGAAAUCCACCAAUGACACAGCUUGGCAAAGAUUUAUUCCAACUGGGCCAAUUGCUCUCUUGCCAUUGACAGAUGAACUUAGCAGCUUGGUAUGGUCAACAACUCCACAACAUGCCAAACACCUGUUGCAACUUACUGAUGACGAAUUCGUUGAGGCAUUGAACGAGUCACUGUGGAAAUCAUUCAAGACAAACAGCAUAGUUGAGCAAGUUACUCAUGGCUUUUCAAACUUCUGGAGGGCUUUAAAUUGUCCUUCAGAUAUUAUGAGGCAACUUCCACCUAAAAUAUGUGGAUGUCAGGAGAAGAGUCGCGCAGCCUUUCCACUUGGUUUUGGCCACGCAUCGAAUUAUAUUGGAAAAGGAGUUGUAUUAGUUGGUGAUGCAGCUCAUAGAAUACAUCCAUUGGCAGGUCAAGGUGUGAAUUUAGGUUUUGGUGACAUUGCAACACUAAACAAAGUAAUUAGUAAAGCCAUAUACUCUGGAAGCACAAUAACUGACAUGUGUUAUUUAAAAGAAUACGAAACUGAAAGGCAGAGACACAAUAUUCCUACAAUGCUGGCAGUUGAAGGACUUCACCGACUUUAUAAUACUGAAUUUUUACCUUUAGUGUUGCUAAGAAGUUUAGGGCUCCAAGCAACACAUGCAAUAAAUCCUUUGAAGAAAGCCAUCAUUUCUCAUGCAGCCUCAUAAUUCACAGAUGUAAUUACAAAUUAUUUUGUAUAUAUUAACUUUCGAAUUUGUUACAAAUAAAUAAUUUAUUAUUAAACUCA